CCCGCCGCCCGGCCCCGAGCCCGCGGGCAGCGCCAUGGCGGCCGCCGCGCCCGUGGAGCCGCCGCGCGUGGGCUGCAGCUACCAGGCGGUGAUGCCGCCCUGCGCCGGCCUGGGCCCCGAGCUCCCGCAGCCCGCGCGGCCCGCCCGCCCCGCCCGCGGCAAGGCCCGGCUGCGGCGGCCCCGCCAGUCCCGCUUCAAGACGCAGCCGGUGACCUUCGACGAGAUCCAGGAGGUGGAGGAGGAGGGCGCGUCCCCGCUGGAGGAGGAGAAGGCGCGGCGCUCGUUCCUGCAGAGCCUGGAGUGCCUGCGCCGCAGCACGCAGAGCCUGUCGCUGCAGAGGGAGCCGCUGGGCGCCUGCAGGCUCCGCAACAGCCUGGACUCCAGCGACUCGGACUCGGCCGUGUGACGGCGGGGGCCGCGGGGCGGGGGGGCGCUCCGCCGCCGCUGCCCGCACGGACGCUCGCUCGGACGGACGCACGGACGGCGCGAAGGGCGUGUGCGGGGGGCGCCCGCCGCAGCCCGCAGCCCACAGCCCGGCCCCGCGCCCCGCGCCCCGCGCGCCCGCCGCACGCACCGUCGGAGCUGCCGGGCGCGGACGGGCCGGGCGCCGCGGGACGGAUAUUUAUUUUUGCAUCACGGCGGCGGACGGCGCUGACGCCACGACCUUCGUCCCGGGGCCGGUCCGGGGGCUCCCGAGCCGAGACGAAUAAAGUCCGUCUAUUUGCAGGCCGCGUUCCUCCAAGCUCUUGACUCCUCCAAGCCUCGGGGCGCAGGCUCAGGACGCGGGAGCGGGACGGGGGGCGCCCGGGCGGGCAGCGCUGGGGCGGCUCCGACCUCCCGUCCCCGGACCGACCCGGCCGCGCCCAGGCUGCGCGGGGCCAUCGCCGCCCCCGGGGGUCCGCUCGCGGGGAGCGCUCCUGCCCCCCCCCGCCCGAGCCCCGGAGCCCUGCGCCCGCGGGGGGAAGGCCGGCGCGGUGCGGACCGAGGGGCGCCUCCUUCCUCGGUGCAGGCGGCCCGUCGGGGGCCUCCGCGGAGGGCUCGGUUCGCGCUGACCCAGGGGUGCGCGGGGCCCCGGGCGCUGCCCCCCGCACGUUGCCCCCCGCAGCCCCCGCACGGCGCCCCCCGCCGUCCCCGCCGUCUCCCCACGCCCCGAGUGCACAGACGACAAAACAAACCUGGGGGAGAGGCCUCCAGGUGGGACGCCCCAGCGCGCCCAGGGGCCGGCCCCGCGCGAGCCCCACCCCGGCCGCAGUGUGGACGCCGGCACCUGGGCGCGGCACCCGAAGGCCCCCCCUGAGCGGCACCUCCCCCAGCGCCGGCCCCGCAGAAAACGGGGGCACAGGGAGGGAAGCAAAGGAGCCACAACGGGCGGGCGCCAGGGCUAGGUCUGCGCCCCCCCCCCCGUCCCGCCCCAGGUGCCCCUGCUGGGGGGCCGGACCCACCGCCCCUUACCUGCAAGGCCGCGGCCUGGCGCAGCCGAGACUCAGCCUCUGCAGCUGCCAAGGCCCGGCUGCUCUGUUCCUUGGGGUGCGAGGAAGGGGGUGACGCCCAGAACCCUCGACCCUAGUCUAUUCCCUCGUCCCUCUCCCCUGUCCACUGUCCCGCUCCUGCCGUGUAAGUGGCGGGUGCCCGAGCCUUCCCGGGGCGGCCUGGGGGCUUCACCUCCCUCAUGCCUGGGAUCCCAGCCCCGUCCCGGCAGCGGGGAGCCUCCUCCACUGCCCUCCUGCACCCCCGGCCGCAGGGCUCCCCGGGCCCCGCCCAUGUCCAGGGACUGCUUGGCACAGCGUCCGGCGGCAUCUGAUCACCCCAGUUUCUGUGUAGCCUCCGGUCGGGCCCAGCCCCCGGUUGGUGCUUCCAAAAUCAUAUAAAGAGUUAAAAUCAAUAAAGAGGCAGUGAGGAAGGGCGAUGCCCACCUUGCGUAGUCCUACUUUGCUUUA